AGCCGUAGUUCCGCUGGACGCCUACCGGUAUUGCCAGCGCGGCAGUGGCGGCUCUCUCGGUUCCGUCCAGCCGGGUUCUGUAAGGCGAGCUGAGGCGGAGAAAAGGGCGCGGAACUGGAAGCGGGUGAGUCAGGCGCUGGCUACGCGAUAAAGGGAGGCGGCACCGCGGCGCGGGGCCGAGUUGGGUAAGUGCGGCCCCUGCAGUCUCUUCAGGGAGAAGGCGAGGAGAGGGCGAGGAGGAGCCCGCGCCCGGUCCGUGCACCCGUUCUCGCCCUCGUACCCCGCCGCCAUCUCCACCAUGCAGUCCCGGGAAGAGGCUCCGCGCCCCCGCCGCCUCGCCAGCCCCCGCGGCGGCAGGCGGCCCAAGAGGAUCUCCAAGCCCUCGGUCUCGGCUUUCUUCACGGGCCCGGAGGAGCUGAAGGACGCGGCUCACUCCGCAGCGCUCCUGGCGCAGCUCAAGUCCUUCUACGACGCGCGGCUGCUGUGCGACGUGACCAUCGAGGUGGUGACGCCCGGCAGCGGGCCCGGCACCGGCCGCCUCUUCCCCUGCAACCGGAACGUGCUGGCGGCCGCGUGUCCCUACUUCAAGAGCAUGUUCACGGGCGGCAUGUACGAGAGCCACCAGGCGAACGUGACCAUGCACGACGUGGACGCCGAGUCCUUCGAGGUGCUGGUCGACUACUGCUACACGGGCCGCGUGUCGCUGAGCGAGGCCAACGUGCAGCGCCUGUACGCGGCCUCCGACAUGCUGCAGCUCGAGUACGUGCGGGAGGCCUGCGCCUCCUUCCUGGCCCGCCGCCUCGACCUGGCCAACUGCACCGCCAUCCUCAAGUUCGCCGACGCCUUCGACCAUCACAAGCUGCGAUCCCAGGCCCAGUCCUUCAUAGCCCACAAUUUCAAGCAGCUCAGCCGGAUGGGCUCAGUAAGGGAGGAGAGCCUGGCGGAUCUGAGCUUGGCCCAGCUGCUGUCCAUCCUGCGCCUGGAUAGUCUAGACAUCGAGAGCGAGCGGACCGUGUGUCACGUGGCCGUGCAGUGGCUGGAGGCGGCUCCCAAGGAGCGCGGUCCCAGCGCUGCGGAAGUGUUCAAGUGUGUCCGCUGGACACACUUCAGAGAGGAGGAUCAGGAUUACCUGGAGGGGCUGCUGACCAAGCCCAUUGUGAAAAAGUACUGCCUGGACCUUAUCGAGGGGGCCCUGCAGAUGCGCUAUGGUGACAAGCUGUGCAAGGCUCUGGCGCCCAAGCCAGACAGCAGCAGCAGCUGUGUUGUGCCCACAGCAGAAAACCCACCCCAGAGGCUGGGUAUGUGUGCCAAGGAGAUGGUGAUCUUCUUUGGACAUCCCCGAGAUCCCUUUCUGUGCUACGACCCAUACUCAGGGGACAUCUACACCAUGCCAUCCCCUUUAACCAGCUUGGCUCACACCAAGACUGUCACUUCCUCAGCUGUCUGCGUCUCUCCAGACCACGACAUCUACCUGGCCGCGCAGCCCAGGAAGGACCUCUGGGUGUACAAGCCAGCCCAGAAUAGUUGGCAGCAGCUGGCCGACCGCCUGCUGUGCCGGGAGGGCAUGGAUGUGGCCUAUCUCAAUGGCUACAUCUACAUUUUGGGUGGGCGAGACCCCAUUACCGGUGUUAAACUGAAGGAAGUGGAGUGCUACAGUGUCCAGAGAAACCAGUGGGCACUGGUGGCUCCUGUGCCCCAUUCCUUCUAUUCGUUUGAACUAAUAGUGGUUCAGAACUAUCUUUAUGCUGUGAACAGUAAGCGCAUGCUCUACUAUGACCCGGGCCACAAUACGUGGCUGAACUGUGCUUCUCUUAAACGUAGUGACUUUCAGGAAGCCUGUGUCUUCAAUGAUGAGAUCUACUGUAUCUGCGACAUCCCGGUCAUGAAGGUCUACAACCCAGCCAGGGGAGAAUGGAGGCGGAUUAGUAAUAUCCCCUUGGACUCAGAGACCCACAACUACCAGAUUGUCAAUCAUGGCCAAAAGUUGCUCCUCAUUACUUCUACCACCCCUCAGUGGAAAAAAAACCGGGUGACUGUUUAUGAAUACGAUACUAGGGAAGACCAGUGGAUUAAUAUAGGUACCAUGUUAGGUCUUUUGCAGUUUGACUCUGGCUUUAUUUGCCUCUGUGCUCGUGUUUAUCCUUCCUGCCUCGAACCUGGACAGAGUUUUAUCACUGAGGAAGAUGAUGCACGGAGUGAGUCUAGUACUGAAUGGGACUUAGAUGGAUUCAGUGAGCUGGACUCGGAGUCAGGAAGUUCAAGUUCUUUUUCCGAUGAUGAAGUCUGGGUGCAGGUGGCACCUCAGGGAAAUGCACAGGAUCAUCAGGGUUCUUUGUAAAUAUUUUGAAGCACUAAGAUGUUUCUACUUCUAUGGAAUGUAUCUUUAAAAGAUAUCCUUUCCUUUUCCUGAAAAAAAAAAAAUGUUGAUUAGGACUGCAGAUUUGGUUUAGAAAGGGUAACAUUUCAAUUACUAAUAUAAUGUUACAAAGUUAAACAGUCCAUGAAAUCAACCUAUAUGAUAAUUUACUGUGCUAAAAGUCAAGAUUAAAAUAUGCAAAAACAAACUAUGUAACUGAUUAGAAUGCUUGGUGGUUUUUUCGUUAUUUUUUGCACCAGUGGAUUGUUUUGGUUAGUUUACACUGUUUAUAUUUUGAUUAUCUACAUUAGUCUUCUGUUAACGUUUUAAUUCAACUUAGUGCCACAAGGAAUUUAACUUUUUAAUUUUUAUAGUAGAAAAUUGGACUAGAAAUUGUUGGUAAGGUUUUGAAGGUUGUAUUUUCUUUUAGAAUAAUGAAAGUAGUAGAUUUCCCAAAUUUUGAACUAGCCAGUUUCUAGUAUUAUAAGUUACUAUCGUUUCUAUCGUUUGUUAAAUUUGGUGUGGUUUUCUCCCCUUCUGCAAAGAAAAAAAAAAUUGGUUAUAUAUAUAUAAAUAUAUAUAUCCAUCCAAAUAGGGAUUUCAUUUUGAUAAUGUGCAGAAUGGUCUUAAGAGCUCACAGAAAGUAAAAAAAAAAAAAAAAAAAAAAAAAUCAAGACUCCACUGCUUUAAAAGAAAUUUCACUUUCAAUUUUGGAAUAUAACAUGUAUUUCUUGAGUGUGGCCAUUUUUCUGUCUUAAAAAACAUUCAUUCUAGUAGUGUCACCAAUUAUUUAAACACCGUUCUAAACCAAAAGAAAAAAGGUAACUUGCUUUGCAAGAUCAUAUUUUUCAUCUAUACCUGAUACACGCUUCAUUGAAUCAAAAGGAACGAUCCUUUUUUUCACUGGACAUGUGAUUGAGUAAUGUAAAUGUUUAUCCAUUGGUCAUGACUAGUCUUAAACAGUGUAUAUGCUUUCCUAAAAUAUUUUUGGCUCUAUAGUUUCGGUUUUCAUCUUAGAGGAUUCUUCAGCAGGAAGUGAUAUAUUCUUUACUGCUUUUGUGAGGUAAUACUGGUUUUGAAAAUAUGUUUAAGCUAAAAAGAGUAUUUUAUUGAGGUCAGUCACUGUGUCCAUCAACUAUAAAAUUAAAUGCCAGCAGAGACCUUUAAAACUUCAGGCUGUGUAUGGAACUGUUUUGUGUAGCGUUGAAAUGUUUUGUUGAGUUUUGUAAGUCACUGUAUAUGAUUAUCAUCCCGAAGGUAUUUUUGUAUUAAAAGUUGACAUCUAAAGAACAUAACUGGAUGAUGCCAUUUGGGGCCAAUAGGGAAAGUUUAUUUCCUGUAAAAUAUUUCCCUAGCAAUGGUAUACAUGGUUAUUUUAUUAGGGUAUUUGUAUCUGUUCUGUAUUUCUCUGUGAACCAUGCUCCGGCCUUUGUGGGUUUUUGUUUUUGUUUUUGUUUGUCUUUUUGUUUGUUUUUGUGUCACUAUAAAGUAAGGGAAAGUCCAGAACUAGAGACUGAGUUACACAAAACUGAUACCGUUAAAUACUGAGAAACAGAGAUGCUUACCUUUUUAAGGGUCUGUUAAUACAUAUGAUUGUCACAAAACACAUCCAUGAUAAAUGGUGUACAUAUAUACAUAUAUAGAUAGAUACUUACAGGUUAUAAAUUUUUCUAUACUGACUUAGAAUCCUCAUUUUGCAUCUUUGUUCAAAACGUUAAUUCCUCUUACAUACGUCUAUUCUCUAGUGACCGAACACUAACACUAACAUUUCUUAUACCACGUCAGAGUACUGAGGACUGUGCCCCAGGAUCGGGAACUGAAUCUUGAAUUUAAAAAAGAGAAAAUAAAUAAAUAAACAAGCAAACAAACAAACAAUGAAAAAAACAAGUACACAGAUGCUGUCAUAGCCAUUUGAUUGGGCAUCUGAAGACUCCAUUAGACAUUCCCGUUUAACAUUAUUUCUAGUGAAAUAAGAUUCUUACUCUAGCCAUGUGUUCUUAAGAAUGUGUUCCCUCAAAACAGCAAACAUGCUUUAGUAGCCAUAAGACUAACUUUUGUUCCAUUCGGUAUCAGGGAUGUUAUAAGCACUGGUCUCAACUUAGAAAGCUGUUUCUUGAUAGUGUUAUAUUUUUGGCCACCUUUUCUUCACCAAUAACUUCUUGUUGAUAAGUUUUUUGUAUUGUAAGGUUGAAAUAGGAUAGUGCUGACCUCAACCAGAUUAUCCAUCUGCAGAAUUAAGGUAUGCAACUGAUUGACAAAAGACAGAUUCUGCAGUUUGUCAUUUUCAUCCUUUAAGUAUAAGCUAAUUAACAGUAAUGUGGUUUACAAAGAAGUUUCUUGAGGAAGAAUUUGGUUUCAUGACAUAUUUGUGAAUUAGGGAAUAGAUGUUAACUAUUAUUUUAUAGAGAAGUGAUUUGUAUAUGGUUAGUUACAAAUAAAAAUGGCACUAGAACCCAGGCCUUCUGACCUCUUAAUUUAGCAUUUCUGCUAAAUGCAUAAAACCCUUGCUUGUGCAGUGAGUGACAAAACUGGCAGUGUUGAAAUCCCUUCUUGACAGGAAAGCAGCUUUGUCUCAGUUUUACAAUUAGUUGACACACCUUUUAGCAAAUGCUCAAUAUAAUAUUGUUUGUAGGACUAUUUUUUUUAAGAUUUAUUUUUUUUAAUUUUUUUUUAAGAUUUUAUUUAUUUAUUCAUAGAGACACAGAGAGAGAGAGAGAGGCACAGGGAGAAGCAGGCUCCAUGCAGGGAGCCCGAUGUGGGACUCGAUCCUGAAACUCCAGGAUCACGCCCUGGGCCAAAGGCAGGUGCUAAACCGCUGAGCCAACCAGGAAUCACCUGUAGAAUUAUUCUUUGUAAGAUCUAGAAAGAUCUUAACUGGGUUUGUUUUGUUGUUGUUUUUUGGGUUUUGUUUUUUGUGUCUUUAUGCCUGUAAUCUGAAAAGCUCAGAGAACCCAAAUUAUUUUAAAUACUUAUGCAAUUCAAAUGAUAAGUGUCAUUGGCAUUUUCAGAAGGAUAAAAGACUAAUUUAGCAAGCAACUUACUUAAUUUGGGUUUAGGAUUAAAUUUAAAUUAUGCUUCCCUUCUGUAGUUGCAAUGUUUUUUUCUGUUUUGUACCUGGCUCUCUUUGAGAAUCUGAUGAAAGCUUUUGACUCAUUCCCCAGAAAAAUGUAUAUGUUCAUGUUUUCAUAAUUUCAAGGGUGUUGUGACACUUCUGAAGUUCUUCCACACACCCAGGAUAAGAGCAUUUGUGACAGUCCCAAGAACACUUCUACAAAAAGGAAUUCACAUUUUUUCGCAAGGCAUAUUGCUCAAAUGUUUGUAAGGGGAAGAGCAUUAUUAUGUCAUUCCUAAAAUAGAGCUAAAGACAUAAUAUAUAUUUACCAUCUGAAAGGGAUGUGAAUAUUAAUGGGUACCUCAGAGACAAAGUUGACAUUUCUGCAGU